AUGCCUAAGAAGAACAGUAACAAAGGGAAGCGCAAGAACAAGGCCAGAACGACCGGCACCCGCCAGGCCACAGUGGAGCCACCAGUGCCGCCAAACCUAGCCGAGGAUGUUGCCACUCCUGUGCCCGUUGAGAAGCCCGAAGUCUCACCUGAGGACCAUGCCGCCAUGCUGAGGCACUGCAGAGAUGCGAAGAAGGUUUGGGCGCAAGGUGUCGCCGCCGCGUUCGCGGAUGGCGCUCCGCAGGAUGCCGCCAUCAGUUAUUUCCACGAGGCCGUCAAUGCCUACGCACGCGCAAUCAAGGCGGAACCAAGCAAUCCCGACCCCUACUCCCUCCGCGCCGGUAUUCUGGUGGACCUUGGUGCGCUGAACGAGGCAGAGCACGACGCCACUAUUUGCCUCGCACUCAAACCGUCUCAACACGACGCGCGGUUCAUUUCCAAGAUUGUCAUCUUCCCCUAUCCCGAAAUCUACAACAUGGAAGCUGCACUGAGUGGCGCUCCAUUCGUUGGCGCAUCGCAUCUCAAUCUCCGUGGUGAUUCGGUCCGCAAAAUCAUUGUCAACCUUAGCUUCGAGCCUCAGCAGAAUGGCUGUGGCGUUUGGUGGCUCGCCCAGCCCUUCUGGGUUCGUGGUCCCGAACGCUGGAACGCGCGCACAUCCACCGCUCCACGCUGUGAAAUGGUAUUGGUCGUGGCCGAUGUCGCCCUGCUCUCCACUCCGUCCGAGUUCAACCGUUCGCCCACCUUUGUGGAGCAUACAUGGUACUACUUUACCCAAUCGGUCGUUGCAGCCCUCAUGACGGGAUUCCAUGUCAAGGUCGUGGGGUUUGAGACCAUGAUCCACCUGUUCCGUGACGCUACAGUCAAGCCAGAGCCGACUCUUGAGGAGCUUGUCGAACUCUGCAAAGACCAGUUCGUCCGGAUUAUGCACGCCACCGCGGUGCAGCUCUCACAGGCACAGGGCUACCUGCCGCCACCUCUUGACUACGUUGCGAACCACACUACGUUUGUCGCCCGCAACGACUACAAGAGCACCCUCAGCAAGGGGGAAUGGGAACAGGAGACUAGGGAGGACUACGGAUGGCUUUGA